GUCUGUGCGAACGGAACGCUGAGAGCACGAGGACCGGAGUAGCACAUGCGCAGUUUCAACCAGCUACGAGUGCUUGUGGUGUGUUCGAUAUGUCGCGUGUGCCAGUUUUAGCAAUUUUGGGUUCCACGGGAUCUGGAAAAUCGCGUUUGGGCAUCGAAUUGGCUCGCCGAUUUUCCGGGGAAAUCAUCUCGGCGGAUAGCAUGCAAGUGUACAAAGGACUGGACAUUAUCACAGCGAAAGUAACGAAAGAAGAGAAAGCAAUGGUGCCGCACCACAUGCUGGACGUCGUAGAUCCUCUGAAUCCUAGCUUCACGGUGGUGCAAUUCAGGGACAUGGCCAUACCCAUAAUCGACGAUCUGCUCGCGAGGAGGAAGAUGCCGAUCAUCGUCGGCGGCACCAAUUAUUACAUCGAGUCGGUACUCUGGAAAAUUCUUAUCGACAAGAAUGAAGACGAGGACGACCCGGUUGCUCGCUCGAAGAGGAUGAAGGUGGAAAUGGAUCGGUUCACCACGACCAGUAACGAGGAAUUGUUCAAGCAGUUGACGGAAGUCGAUCCGGAAAUGGCCAGGAGAGUCCAUCCGAACAACAGGAGGAAGAUUAUCCGGUGA